GUUGUGUUGGUGUUGGUAUCGCAGUAUCGCCGUAUCGGUGUGUCCGUGUGUUUGUCUUGGUGGCAUUGUUGGUGUUGGACAAUUAGCAAAGUUGCCAUAAUAGACCGAAUUAUCCGACAAAUUUGAUGAAAAUGGUAAACAUUAAAUUGUAAUGCGGCACGCGGAGUAAAAAAAUUCUGAAAUGGCUCAGCAACAACGCAGCUGGGAUGAGGGAGCUGUCGGAGGAGGAUCCUAUGGCCAUCCCCACUCCUCGCACCACAAAGUUCCGGCCCGGGCUUCCAGCAAUCCGCUUCCCUGCAAGGGAGCCACUCCCAAAUUGCCCAGCAGGCAAUAUCACGGUGCUCCAUCACCGAAUUACAGUUACGGGGGAUACGAGACGCCAAGGAGCCCCAAGAUCACCACCACCUAUGCCCAAGAUAGUUGCGAUGAUGCGAGUAGCUCCACGCCGAGCUCAUACUAUCAGACGCCACCUUCCGGAUCCAUAGAUGACUCCGCCUCGCUGCUCAGUGGACGCACCACUGCCCGCAGUCCCAAGUCUCCGUGCCAGUUCGUCUUCGAUGCAGUGAGUCCCAGUCACGGCAGGAAGUUUGAGUACUACGAACCCAUAUCACCCGACGAUGGAGCCCUCUAUUACGAUCCUCCCAGUUCGCCACGUCGUCAGGGAUCCAAGAAGGUGAUGAGGACAAAGACUCCACUGGAUCCUGUUCCCCAAUUAACAACUACGGGUGUGGAUGAAAGCAUGGCGGUGGCCAUGGCAAUGGGUGGAGGUGGAGGUGGAUACUCCCAAUCGGGACAGAAUAAGCGACAGCGGGAUGAAUGGGAACUACCGGUGAUCAGCAAGAUCGAGGCCAGGAACUUGAGUGCCGCUGCAUCCGCCGCAGGAGCAGGAUCAGGAUCGGGAUCGGGUGGGGGAAACUACUACGGCCUGAAGCGCGACUCCUGCGUCACUGACUGCACCCAGCUGUCCAUGGAAUCCGGCGAGACGGGCACCCAGCACACCAACAGCACCAUGGUGACCCACACCACCACCAGUUUUAGUUUCACAGAGCCGGAGAUGGAUCAAGAUCCUGGACAGCCGCAGUCGCAUCGCCAGCGCCGCCAUGCCAUCAACAUCACCUCCAAUCCCGGCUACCAGGUGCUCCACAGCUCCCACUCCACUUUGGACCGUACCUGUUCGGAUAGCGUGGUCUCACUGCGCUACCGCAAAUCCACCAGUGACCUGACCCAAGAUGCCGACCACGAGCUGAGUGGCUGCAAGCCGGCCAAGCCGAAGGCCCAUGUGGAGCACAAGCCACGCCGCAGGGGCAGCUCCAAGGGGGGAUUGGCCUACCUGGCCAGUCGGCGCAGCUCCCGGGAGUCGAUGAAGAGCGCCUGCUCCAACGCCUCCAUCGUGUCCAACGACGACGUGGGUCCACUGGCCUUCCAGAGCUCCAAUCGCGGUCGCCAGCGCAGAACAUCCAAUUUUCUUGAGUUGCCAGUGCCCGACCAUGUGCGUCCUCGUGUCUGCUCCCUGCCAGAGCGACCCUACAAUCCGCGGGCCAGCGACGACCUGUACCGCCUGCGUCACUUCUCCAUCAGCAAGGGCAACGUGGUCAACUGCGGCGACUCCAUCAUCUCGCGGAGAUCACGGAGCAACACCAGUGUGAACUCCACGAACAGCCGGGCCAGCGAGCGGUCUCCUUUCGAGGGAAGUUGCUGUGGAGCGGGCUAUGCCAAUGUGGACUCCCUACCGGCGACACCGGAUGACUCGGAGAACCUGGAUCCACCGCCACCCGCCCGCUACCGCGUCGUGAUGCUGGGCGAUGCCGGCGUGGGCAAGACGGCGCUGGUCAACCAGUUCAUGACCUCCGAGUACAUGCACACCUACGACGCCAGUCUGGUUCUAGAUGACGAGUUUGGCGAGAAGACGGUGAGUGUCCUGCUGGACGAUGAGGAGUCGGACAUGGUCUUCAUCGACCAUCCCAGUGUGGAGAUGAGUGUGGAGAACUCGCUGUCCACCUAUGAGCCACAUGGCUGUGUCGUCGUCUUCUCGGUGGUGGAUCGCAGCUCAUUUCGGGUGGCCGAGGAAAUCAUCAAUUACCUGUGGCAGGAGAACUACACCAAGGACAAGGCCGUCAUCCUGGUGGGCAACAAGGCGGAUCUGGCCCGUGCCCGGCUUAUCACGUCGCAGGAGGGCAAAGCCCUGGCCGCCUCACGCGAUGCCAAAUUUAUUGAGACGUCCAGCGGCAUACAGCACAACGUCGAUGAGCUGCUCGUCGGCAUAUUGAAGCAGAUGCGUCUGAAAGAGAAGCGCGAGAAGAAGGCCACCGCCUCCAAGAUGAAGACUUCCCGCACCCACAUAUCGCUGCACCUGGCCAAGGAACUGCUGCAGAAGAUCUGCCUCAGCGACAUCUCCAAGUCGAAGAGCUGUGAGAACCUGCACGUGCUAUAGAUAUAUAUGAAGAUAUAUAUAUCCCACAAGCCAGCCCAAUCACAUGUGGUGAGCCAGCUGAGAUGUCUUCUUCGUGGCGAAAUUCCUGGGUGAAAUUAUGCCACAAAACUGUAUACAAAAGAGAAUUUUAUCAAAAGCGGCUGGCGGGCGAAAUGUUUCGAAUGCCAUUCAGAUUGGACCGCAGAAACGGACGGGGGGAUGUGUUCAUCUCCUUUGUUGUGCUCCGUUUAUUAAAAGUUUAAUGCCGGGUCUCGCUUUUUUCGCCAAGUCACUGGCUGUGGUCAGGCCUCCAGAUUCGGCGGCGAUAGUCGGUUUUUUUUUAUGGCGGAUGUUUUGGUUCGGCUUAUCGCUCCCAGACGCUCCUCCAACUUGAGUUGGGUGGCGAAGGCCGGAUUGAUAAGCGCCAAACCAAUGAUCCAAUGAUCCAAACGACCCACAGAAUCAGAGAAUCAGCGAUCCAGCGAGGCGUGUGCAGCCUCCAACCCAAAAUAAACCCGCUGAAGGGGGCGGGGCUACAUAUAUUACAAUAUAUUUAGGUGUAUAUUUACAUGCGUACUUGCAUAUAUACAUAUAUGUGUUCCAAGGCGAAUAACUUCAAUUCCAAUAAUGUGCUGUCAAUUGAACGCUACGAAACGCUUAAGGAGCAGCCCCUCAAGAGACGAGAGAAACUUUAUAGAUGUUGAUUUAUGUAUACACAUAGUGGCCAUAAGCAGCAUAUAUACACGUGACCUAUAUCGGAUAAGUUUAAUGUCUAGGCUAGGGUUACUUACCGCUUCACCUGCUUCGCAAAGAAAUUCUUCCAAUUGACGAAAAUCUCAUAUCGGAAUGACUGUUGAAUGUUGACUGUUGUUAGUCUAAGCCAAGAACAAAUACCAUUUAAUCAAAGUACUUCACUCAGACGUUACUACGAGUAUAUAGAUGUAUAUUUACGUGUACCUAUAUUUACUAUAUAUUUAAAAACAAAGAUAUAUAUAUAUAUUUACGGCCGUGCUCGGAUGGAACUUCUAACAUUUCUGAACUCAUACGCUUAUAUUUGAAAAAUACCUUUUACAAAAUGCGAAAGGCAAGCAAAAACUAACGUAACUCUAACUAUUUUCAUACGCAAACUUACACAUUAGAGGGGGAAUGCGAGGAUUCCGAAUGGGAUUGAAGGCCUUCCAGUGAGCCAGGAGCAGUGUGUGGCCACCACCGGGCUUGUCCAAAAGUCGAGCACUCGACAGCCGUGCACUCAUGUUUGCUCUAACCCCCCAUCCUUCCUUCCGCCUCACGUCCGCUCCUUUCUGUCGAGUGCACUUUAUCAUUUUUAACAUUUAGCAAACAAAACAGAAACUUGCUCCGGCGAAAGUUUUAAUUUGCAGCGCAAAGCCUGGCUGGCUGGCUGGCUGUGCGAAUUCGCAUACUUUUCAGCCGCACUGUGGCAAUCUGCAUCGCGCAUACGCCGCGUACGUCAGGGUCGGGACUUUAAUUUGAUUUGGUAAACAAAUCGCCGACGAAACCAAAAUCGAAUCAGAGCCAGCUAUAAAACUCCCACCGAAUUUAUUGUGUAAUGCCAUUUAAAUAACAAUGUAUUCUAAAUGAGAUUUUACUGCUACCAUUUAAACAUAACAAUUGGCUUAAAGCGUAGUUGUAAAGAUAACCAAACCAUAUACUUAUAUUUAUGUGUAAAGAUCGAUGUAUAUUUAUAUUUUUCCAAAAGCCAAGCUGAGACAAAGUAAAGCAGCAAAGACUAUACAACUGAAGAUAUAACCCUCAACAAAGAAUCAAUUUUGUGUUGCAUAGUAUAAUCCACAAUUGUACGCUUUUGCCUGUCAUCGAGAUGAGGCUGCAGAAAAAGCAAAUUAAUUAGAGUACACGGAGAUAAAAUCCGAUUUCUUGUUUGGUGUGUAUAACUUUUCUGCCCCUUGCCCCUCUGCCCCUCUGCCUCCUCCUUCCCGACUCGAUCUCAUCAUCCGAUAAAUAAAG